AUGGCACCGUUUCGCCUCUGGGCCGCACUCAUCGGCACGGCGCUCUUGCCUGCCGCCUUUGCGCCUUCGCCCGAGCCGCUGUGGAACGCCAUGCAUGACGCCGCUGCCGAGGCGGAGCCCGCCGUGAGCGGUCACUUUGCGCCUGCCAUGUCCGCCGGCGAGCACGACCCGCGCUGGUAUGGCGGCUUGCCGGCCGGCUACGAGCAGACCGGCGCCAACUACCAGCGCUAUGGUCAUGACUAUGGCCACGACCAUGGAUAUGGCGGCGGCUUCUACGCGUCGCCUCAUCCGAACGAAGGCCAAGGCCUCGGCAACAUCCGCUGGUCGCCUGAACGCUCCAACUUUGACUGGAGUGUGCAGCCACCUCCGUCGUCUCCCGGCUCGGUUCCCGAUCUCGACGGCCACUACGGCCUGCCGUCACCCGCCCCGAUGACUGAGCCAGUCUCGCCCCGCGAUCCGUGGUCGCAUCAGCAUGUCGGCGGCAGCGGUGACGAGGACGACCAGACGCCGGAGCUCAAGUCCGCAUGGGAUAACUUCGUCGCGUCCAGGGGCGCGGCCAACAUCUUUUCAGCGGAAGCGGUGCGGCGCCUGCCCCGUAUCGCGCUAUGGAACGAUGCCAGAGUCUCGCUGCAAAAGGUGUGGGCCAGCCCGGAGCAGAACGAGCUUGUGCUCGACGUCGUCAAGGCGUGGUAUCGAUCCUGGAAGAUCGGACACUCGAACCUCGAAGAGGAGCUGCGCGGCAUCACGCCGAUGCAGAUGUCAUGGUCUAACGACAAGCUCCUUGCCGCUUACAACCGGUACCAACACGUGCUCGAAAUCGACGCGGAUAUGGCGUGGCAGGUGCUGAGCGCGCCCAAGUUGUUCUUCUUUGACCCGAGCCGGGAAUACCGGAUCGUGCUCGCCGGGCCCAACUCCAUCGGCAAAGGACGCAGAGGCCACGCCUUCAGGGCCGUCGCCCUUCCGCGCGACAGGUCGCUACCCGCCAUCUUCUUUCACCUGAUCCAGGUACCGGCUUCGCUGCUCGACUAG